AUGCAGGGCGGCAAAGAUGUCUUGUGGGCCGUAUCGAGCGUUCAUGAAGCGACCGCUGCUUCUGCUGCAGAAAUUGUGUCAUGUCCUGUGAGGGGUAUCUCAUCCUCGUCGCUGUUGCCCACAUUUGAGGAGGUGGUGUCGCAUGGCGAUGAAGCUGGGAAGUUUAGUCCCUCUCCUUCCCGUGCAGCGCCGGUACUUCCAGCGUCUUUUGCGUCGUCUUGCUUCACCAAUCAUGACAUCAAUGCUGCUAGGACAGACGCGUCUGCGCUGCAUGACACAACAAUUCUUUCGGAUCUAAGUGACGAGAUUCAGAGGGUUGAGGCUCGUUUGGCAGCCAUUCGAGAAGAGGAGUCGUGUUUGAUACCCCAGCGAAAGGUUUCUUCGUUGUCUACUCGCGAAUGUGGCCGUUUUUGUUCUGCCUCAGAUUUCCAUGACGUGGAGUGUAUGGCCCAGCUUACUGCUUCAAGUUGUUGCUGUGUAAAUCACCUUAAUGAUACGGGAGCGGCAUCAACGGAGCCUGGUGCCCCGUUGUGCAGGAACGCAGAUCGAAGGAGUGCCGCGGCGUUUACAAACGUUUCAAAACGACAAAAAAGUCAAUUGCAUAGAAUAGCUAUUCCUCCAACUAAUGUGAAUGAUCUAACAAACACGGUAGCGGAAGGAGAGCAUCAUGACCCUCUGGCGUCUGAGCCAUCUACAACUGGAAGCUUGUGUGAGCCGUCGAUAGAGGCUGUCACAGCUCAGUUAGAGCCUAAAGGCAUCGUUUUUUCUCUUGCAACCUUUCUUCGUCCGCUUCGCGUGGUGGAUAUUGAAAUUGCCGCAGGUGUCUAUGAGAAACUAGAGGUAUUUGCAGGCGAAGACAUGGAAGAGGUGGCACGGUGCUUUAUUACUAAACAUGGUCUGGACAUGGAAAGGGCCUUCCGACCACUUUAUGCGUUUCUAAUGUCGCUAAACUUGAGUGAAGCAUGCAAACAGAACCAGGAGUCCACAACAAAACGAAGGGCUUCUUCACGAGACGGCGGCAACAACAACGUCGCUACUACUUCUAACGGUAUUAACUAUGCAUCUUCUGCCGGAAGCAUGUACGGCGUGAAGCAUGGUCACAUAGACUCUUCGAGUCAUGUGUCUGAGGCUAGGACAGACAAUGCGGCAAACGAAACAGCAGCACGUCGUCAGAGCUUGGAUCCUGUUCAGCCGCCUUCCCCCAGAGGUGUCUCCAUGGAGAAAACGUGGAAGGUGGCUGCUGCACGUGGGAUUUCACAGUUUGAGAAACGUGUGUCGGGUUGUAUGGCGAGUGAGGAAAUGUCGUCGUUUCCAAGACGAUCCCAGAUGAAGAUCGCUUAUCCGGGGAAGCAUGAACAUCAGAGGAACACAUCGGUGAACAGCUCAAAAAGUCUACAGGUCGGUAGUCAGAAGCAAGCGAUUAAGCGGAAACAAGAGCCUUGUUGUAAUAAUACUACUCCGUUGCGGCGUAACAUAGAAGGUGGCAGCGAGGCACGCAGGCUUUCAGUCAAAAAGAAUACUCCCCCUGAGGUGGGGGCGGUGGAGGUGGAGGUGGAGGUGGAGGCCAUAAAGCCCACCAGAAGACGCACAAAUAGUGCACCGAAGGUACGUCCUGUAACGGGAGGCAGCACCCUGACGGCUUCACUGCGCAAUUCAACAGAACAGCGUCGAAGUCUUAGUGUUUCAAAGGGCCGUAAAUUCACUCUUCUCGAAGAGGAGCCCAUGCCAACUUUCAAACCUUCUCUUGCACCACGAAGUAGGCAGCUGGCAGCGCAGGAUAUAGGGCGUCGCCAAGGCCCUACAUAUGCCCGUCUGCAUGCGCACACUCCGCGGUUGUCAAAAGCCCACGCUACAGCAGCAGCAGAAUGCAUUGUUAAGCCGAAAAUCCUUCCCCGCCAGAGGGAGGACUUGUCUCGAGAGCCUGUAGGGCAACGUCUGUACGAUCAGGCGCUGGAUCAGAAGCGUCGUAUGCAAGAAAAGCGGAUCAAAGAACAACAACUGAAGGCCGAAGAAGAAAAACGUUCCAUUACUCCAGGGCCAUGCAUUAACAAAAUUAGAGGACGAAAUAACCGAGGGGGGGAGUCUCUCUCAGCUACUUCUUGUAGUUUGCGAACACGUACGCCAAAUCAGCGAAACCAAAAUUUAGAUGUUUUGAAAACGCAUGAGGAAAGGGAGUUGGAAGAAUGCACCUUCUCCCCGGCUGUCAACCCCGCAUCGGUUCGUAUGUUCAAUCUGGUUGUUCGUGGUUUGGCAGUGGAUGAGGAACCAGAGGAGGGUGCACGGAACUCAGGGGUGUCUUCGCUAGGCUGUGCACCCAGUGGAGGUAGUAGAACACAAAUCAAUGAGAAUGUUUUCAAGCCAUGUUUCGUUGAGGAUCGUUUGCUACGUCAUGAACAAAUUCGUCGUAGAAGGCUUGAAGAGGAGCGAUUGUUCAGAGAAACCGUAGAUGUGGCAACAGGGCAACCGCUCUUUAGGCCAUUUCUUGGACGUUAG